AUGGCCACGGAUGAUGCCAAGCGCAGAAAGGAACUCCUGGUGUCGAUCGAGGAAUGUUCGGCAUCGCUCGAGCUCAACCUGGGCAAUGCAUCAGUCCUGCAGCGCCGGGGCGAGAAGCGCAGGAAGCUGGGCGACCUACAAAAGGCCGUGGCGGACUUCAAUGCAGCGCUUGCAGUGGAUCCGCACUUUGCCCUGGCGCUGGCGGGCCGUGGCUCAGCCUUGCGGGCCCAGGGGCGCCUUGCAGAGGCAUUGGACGAUUUCAACACGGCGGUUAUGCUGGAGCCAGCGAACACGCAGGUUCGAACUGCUCGCGCUCUCGUCUUUCGAGAUAAGGGCGAGAGCUCGAAGGCGCUGGCCGACCUGGAUCAAGUGAUCAAGCUGGAGCCCAAAAACGUGUAUGCCAUGCACAAUCGAGGAGAGAUCCAGCGAAAGCGUGGCGAGCUUGAAGCAGCCCUUGCAGACUUCAAUGUGAUACUCCGUGUCGAUCCGGCGUAUGCGGCGGCCUAUGCAAGCCGCGGGGCUGUCAGGCGGGCUCUCAAGCUCCACGCCGAGGCCAUUGCGGACUACAAUCGUGCCUUGGCGCGGGAGCCCCGCAACCCGGCGAUACUUUGUGGUCGCGGUGCAGCAGCACUAGAGCUUGGGCGUAAGGACGAGGCCGCGGCUGACUUCAAAAGUGCACUGGCCCUCAACCCAAAGGAUUCCUUCGCGGAAUGGGGCCUUAAGACGAUCGGGGCCGACAAGGGCUUGGAUCAAGGCAGGACUGCGGCGACUGGAUCGCAGGCGCGGCCCAGACGGGAGACCCAGGCAAGAACGUACGGAACGUACGGGGUCGUUGCCAGCCCAAUCUCUCCCGACAGUGCUGACACGGUGGACUCGGACUCCGACCCCGGCAUGGAGCCUGGCUUGCCGCCGGGCUUGCCGCCUGGCUUGCAGCCUGAAAAGGACACACAGGACGCACAUGCGACCCACGUCGCAGAAGCAACACCAGAGACACCUUCGAUGGAAGUGACUUUGGCGCUAAGCGCCUCGAAGCCCAAAGCCAAAGCACAGCCACCUUUCACAGAGCCUUCCGUGCUUUCCCAUUCCCAGCCACAAGCUUCCAUCCCCCAUGAUGACGAGGUGCCCAUGACCCCAGCACCGCAGACCCUCCCACCAGAGCAAUCCACAUCAGGCCACUCAGUCCAGAUACCAGAGCCAGCCAAGCCCAAAGCGCCCCCAAUCUCCCACGAGGAGGUGGCCAGGCGCUUCGUCUCGGCAUUCUCGUUGCCAGCAGAGCCGAAAGCAAUGCCAGAAGCAACGCCAAAAGCAGCUGCAAAAGCAACAGCAAAACCAACAGCAACAGCAAAAGCAACAGCAAAAGCAACAGCAAAAGCAACGCUAGAGGCGAAGCCAGAAGCGUCACUAGCAUUCCCAGAUGAAACGCCAGAACCUCCUCCAAGCCCACCUGUCGCCGGCGACAAGCCGUCACCUGCGUCGUCACCUGCGUCACCUGCGUCAACUGCGUCACCCGCGCCGCCGCCACUCGCAUCGACACCUGCACCGCAACCUGCACCAGCACCCGCUCCGGCUGGCAAGACUGUGCGAAAGCCACAAGGACAACGCCUUGUCCAACCAGAACCUGUGCGCAGGAGCAGCCGACUCCAGGCUAAGGCGGAGAAAGUCGAGGAGGCAAACGCCAAAGUGGCUGCCAAGGCGGAGGCCAAAGCCAAGGCCAAAGCCAAAGCGAAGGGGAAGGCCAAAGCGGCCCCGAAGGCAAAGCCGAAAGCAAAGUCGAAGGCCAAGGAGGCACCCAAAGCGAAGGCCAAGGCCAAAGCCAAAAUCAAAGGCGAGCCGAACGAGGACGAGCAACCUUUGUCGGAUUUGCUGAAGGAUGCCGCCCCCAAGGCGAAGCGUCGCGCCAAGGAGUUGAGUUAA